AUGAGUACGUUAUGGAGAAACCUACCGGUCAACGGUGUUCACGAGCCAAACGGCACUGUGCAGCUGAAUGGCGCCAACCAUACAGACGGCGAAAAGGCGGAAGUGCUUCGUGAAAUGGAAGCAACGGUGGGUGCUGAGGGAGGAGAUCCAGAGCUCUUCUCUGCACGUUUCGGUGAAUUUGGAGGCUCGUAUGCCCCUGAAUCACUAAUGAGAUGCCUCUCAGAAUUGGAGGCAGGGUUUAACAAGAUCCGGAAUGACCCCGAGUUUUGGGCAGAGAUGCGAUCAUACUACAACUAUAUUGGGAGGCCUGGGCAUCUCCAUCUAGCCGAUCGGCUUACGGAGCAUGUUGGAGGUGCUAAUAUCUGGUUGAAACGUGAGGAUCUGACCCAUCCUGGAAGCCAUAAGAUCAACAGUGCUCUGGGGCAGAUUCUGCUGGCCCGCCGCUUGGGUAAAACUGAAAUCAUUGCCCAAACCGGUGCUGGCAUGCACGGUGUAGCCACUGCCACCGUCUGUGCCAAAUUUAACAUGAAGUGCACGAUAUUCAUGGGAGCAGAGGACGUCAGGAGACAGGCACUUAAUAUGUUCCGAAUCAAGCUCCUUGGCGCCGAGGUCAUUCCUGUUGAGCAGGGCUCACGAACUCUUCGAGAUGCUGUCAACGAAACGAUAGGUCCACACCCCUUUCCCACAAUUGUGCGCGAGUUCCAAACUGUCCUUGGGGAGGAGACGAAGGCACAGCUGUUGGAACAACGAGGCAAACUGCCGGAUGGGGUUGUUGCCUGCAUUGGUGGGGGCAGUAAUGCAAUAGGAAUGUUUUAUCCGUUUCUCAACGACCCAAGCGUGAAGCUUAUGGGAGUCGAAGCCGGAGGCGAUGGAUUGGAUAUGCAGAAACAUGCCGCUAGUCUGACUGGCGGCAGUAAGGGAGUCUUGCAUGGGAGCAGGACAUAUGUGCUGCAGGAUAAGCACGGACAGAUCCAAGAUACCCACUCCAUCUCAGCUGGACUGGAUUAUGCUGGCGUUGGGCCGGAGUUGAGUUCUUGGAAAGACUCAGGACGCGCAAAGUUCAUUGCCGUUACAGACGCUCAAGCCCUCCUGGGUUUCAAGAUGCUUAGUGAGAUGGAGGGUAUUAUCCCCGCUCUCGAGCCAGCUCACGCUAUCUACGGCGGUGUCAGGAUGGCCAGGAACAUGAAAAAAGGCCAAGAUGUUGUGAUAUGUGUUAGUGGCAGAGGCGACAAGGAUAUACAGAGUGUGGCGGAUGAGCUUCCCAGACUUGGACCACAGAUUGGAUGGGACUUGAGGUUCUGA